GAGCUCCAAACCCUAGCUCUACCCGUAUCCUUGAUAAACUCUUAAACCUCUCUUUCCUCUCCCCAGCCCUUCUCUCUCACUCACUCUGUAUUUGUCUGUUUCGGUGGCGUUGAAGAAACAGUAGAAGCAUUUCCGGGGGCAUCCAUGGAAGAAACAGCAGCAACAGCAAAAGCUGUUUCAGACCUUUCGCUUGAAUCUUCUUCUCCGGCUCCAGCCGAAGCUCCAAGCAAAAAUGCUCUCAAGAGAGAAGCAAAGAUGAGGCAGAAAGAAGCAGAAAGACGGCUCAAAGAGGAGGAAAAACAGAAAAAGGCUGCUGCCACUUCGAAUUCUCAGGUUCAAAAGCCUGACAUGGAAGAUGAUGAAGAAAUGGACCCAAAGCAAUACUUUGAAAAUAGGUUGAAAGUGCUUGCAUCCCAAAAGGUAGCUGGGAGGAAUCCAUACCCUCACAAGUUUUUUAUUUCAAUGUCUAUCCCAGAAUAUAUUGAGAAGUAUGGAGGCUUAGGCAAUGGAGAUCAUCUUGAGGAUGUCACAAUUUCUUUGGCUGGGAGGAUUAUGGUCAAACGAGUUUCUUCUUCAAAGCUAUUCUUUUAUGAUCUACAUGGCGAUGGUGCUAAAGUUCAAGUCAUGGUUGAUGCAAGGAACUCUGACAUGGAUGAAGCUGAGUUUUCUAGAUUUCAUUCUGGUGUGAAGCGGGGAGAUAUUGUUGGUGUGUCUGGAUUUCCAGGGAAGAGUAAAAGGGGAGAGUUAAGUAUUUUCCCAAAGGGAUUUAUUGUCCUAUCCCAUUGUCUUCAUAUGAUGCCCAGGCAGACAUUCUCUCGUGGUACAAAAGGAAAAGCUGGUGGGAAGGUGAACAAUUCUCCCAGUGCAGAUAGUGCCGAAUCUGCAGAUAAUGAUAAUAUGAAGAAAACUCAAUGGAUGCCAGGGAGUGCUAGGAAUCCUGAAAAAUACAUCCUAAAGGAUCAGGAAACUCGAUACCGUCAACGAUAUUUAGAUUUGAUGUUGAAUGGGGAGGUUCGACAAAUAUUCAAGACUCGAGCAAAGAUUGUUUCUUACAUUAGAAGCUUCCUUGACAAUCUUGACUUCUUGGAGGUUGAAACACCUAUGAUGAACAUGAUUGCUGGUGGAGCAGCUGCACGGCCAUUUGUUACUCAUCACAAUGAGCUGAAUAUGAAGCUCUACAUGCGGAUAGCUCCUGAACUCUAUCUUAAGGAGCUGGUUGUUGGUGGGCUAGAUCGAGUCUAUGAGAUAGGAAAACAGUUCAGAAAUGAGGGGAUUGAUUUGACUCAUAAUCCUGAAUUCACUACUUGUGAGUUUUAUAUGGCUUUUGCAGAUUACAAUGACUUGAUGGAGCUGACUGAGAAGAUGUUAAGUGGGAUGAUCAAGGAGCUUACAGGUGGCUAUAAAAUUAAAUAUCAUGCAAAUGGGUUGGAGAAUCCUCCAAUAGAGAUUGAUUUUACUCCGCCUUUCAGGAGGAUUGACAUGAUAGAUGAGUUGGAGAAGAUUGCCAACCUCUCCAUACCGAAGGACAUUUCAAGUGACUUGGCCAACAAAUAUUUGCUGGAUGCUUGCAACAAGUUUGAUAUAAAAUGUCCUCCUCCGCAGACAACAGCUCGUUUGUUAGACAAGCUUGUGGGGCACUUCUUGGAGGUGACAUGUGUAAACCCUACGUUCAUUAUUAACCAUCCAGAGAUUAUGAGCCCAUUGGCAAAGUGGCAUAGAUCUAAACCUGGCCUCACUGAACGAUUUGAGUUGUUCAUCAAUCAGCAUGAACUUUGCAAUGCAUAUACAGAAUUGAAUGAUCCUGUGGUACAACGAGAACGAUUCGCUGAGCAACUCAAGGACCGACAAUCAGGUGAUGAUGAAGCAAUGGCUUUAGAUGAAACAUUCUGCACAGCCCUGGAGUAUGGACUGCCUCCAACUGGUGGUUGGGGAUUAGGCAUUGAUCGGCUGACAAUGCUGCUUACAGAUUCACAAAAUAUCAAGGAAGUUCUUCUCUUUCCAGCUAUGAAGCCUCAAGAUGAGCCUCCUAAAGCACCCGAGGGUUCUGUUGGUUCAAAUCGGGGAUAGAUGAUGAUGCUUCAUCAAAUACUGUAAACAAUGGGUAACAGAUGCAGGUUGUGGCAUCGGCAUUACACUGUUGAUGGGGGUCCUCUUCCUGAUGAACGUUCUGUCAUACACAAGGGCUCAGUCGUUUAGGCCUCUUCGAUCCAGCAGCAGUGAUGUUUUUGCACUACAUAUUAUAGUUAAAUCUACUGUGUUAAUUCAAACCAAAAGCACCCUUUAGUGGGGAAAGUUACCAUAUUGAUUGGGAAACAGAUUAGAGAACCCUCAUUUUAAUAGCAGCAUCAUGACAUUCACAACUUUUGUUUCACAAUCCUCAUGAUGGUUAUUUUGUUAUGUUAGAGGCGUACUGGAUUUUUGGCAAAUUUUGUUUUUUACCAGCUUUUUAGCUCAUUGUUUAGAGAGCCGUUGAAAUUUUUACAGACUUAACAUUA